AUGAUCGGGAACUGGUCUCGGAUUCGACGACUGAGUGGAGUGAUCAUGACGGAAACGAAAGAAACGUUUGAAGCCCUAGACGCUCUUAAUGUACAAGAAGUAGAAAUGCGUGGAGCACCAGAAGAAGCAGCGACUUCAGCCCCGCAGAUGGUUGUCGUACACAACAACAUCAGCUUAGAUGCAGGGAGUCUUGCAAAACAGAGCAACAACAUAACUCCUCAACAGCGUACGACGAAGUACCGUCAGCGGUACCGUCGCGAGUGGGAGGACAUUCCUCAUUUCAAAGGAUGGCUCAGCUGUGUGCCGGAGAAUCCAUGCCUCGCUCUCUGCAAGCACUGCAAGAUAACUUUCACAGCGAAAAUCUCCGACAUAAAAUCUCAUUGCAACUCAAAUCGCCACAAGGUCGCCUCGGCCGGAGCAUCGACGAACUUCAAAUACAACAAACGAGUCGUGGGCUCGACGGUGAAAACCACGGGUGUCCCAUCGCUGGACGCCACAAAUGUCGUCUCCAUGUACAAAGAACUCGCGCGAGUUCCCCAACCCAUUGACGCCUAUGCCUGCUAUCAGAACGAUGCCCGAACCCUUCACCUGACGACGACGUGGCAGACCACCGACACGGAACUCGAAGAGAAAGUAACCUUCAUGCGACACCACACUUCAGCUCUCGAUGUUCAAGGGCCUCUCGCGUUCCAGCAAGUCGGCCAUGCUCAAGAUAUCGGGAAUGAAUCAGUGAUCACGAUAUCGACGAGUGGCACGUUCCGGGCUGUCCUGAAGGACCUCGUACGCAACGGCGUCACGAAGCAGUACAUUGAAAUUUGGGAUUCCACGACGAAACUGGACUGUCUAGAUCUGGACAACGCCGGAAUGCAUGGCCAGGUCUACCGGAAAGGCACCUUCUUCGCGUUCCAAUGGGGAAACGUCGAGAAUAAGCUACUGUACAUUGCGGAGAAAAAAGCUGCGAAGAAAGAGUCCUACUUCACUCGAAAGUUCGCGCUCGACACCGAGCGAGGAACCGAGUAUCAAUUCGAAGAGAACUUCGGAGAGCAACUCGAGGGAGCCUCGUCACCAAUCAUCUGUAUUUUGAAUAUAAACAACAUGACAAUCACGACCAUCCAAGAUUUUCCGGAGGGCUGCACGCCAGCUCAGGCCAUAUGGGCUCCAGACGAUUCAGGUAUCGUGUUUGUGGGGUACCAGAACUACGCCUAUAAGUUGGGGCUGACCCAUCAUUCGAAUCGACAUUCGAAACUCUACCUGUACGACAUGGAAAGUCACGCUUUUUGCACCAUCGGUGAGACCGAUAAGGCAAUCUACUCGCCGCGCUUCAGUCCAGACGGUUCCACGCUCGUGUAUCUCCAAAACGAAAUCGGUGGUCCUCACAGCCAAAGUUGCCAACUCAUGAAAUGCAGUUGGGACAAGAAGGACAUUCUGCUCAUCGUGGACACCAUACACAGUCCUCAAACAAACGACUUCCCGGGACUCUACAUCGAUGAGCUCCCGAAGCACUGUUGGUCUAACGAUAACACCACCGUAGUUGUGUCAUCUGUGUGGCACUCGAAAGUCGAACUCCUGGCUGUAAACACGGUCAGUGGCGAUCUGAUCAAGCUCAGUCGAGACGAAACCGUCGGGAGAUGGCAGGUUUUGUUCGUCAGAGACAGCAUCGUGAUCGCGGCUCUCUCAUCUCUCAACGCUACACCUCAAGUAGUUGUCGGUGUACUCACCGCUGAAGGCUCGGUCAACUACUGGACUCCGAUCGACUCCGAGGACGCGAAAGUCACCGGAAUCUGUUGGUAUAUCCUGCAGUUUGCACCCCCUGACGAGAGUCACCAAGUUUUCGAAGCCACGCUGAUCACGCCGAAGAGCGAGAAGGACUUGCCGCUCAUCGUGUGGCCGCAUGGUGGACCCCAUUGCAGUUUCCAUGCGGGCUAUCAAGUUUGGCCGAUUCUCUUUGUGAAAUGCGGAUUCGCAGUUCUGCUCGUGAACUACCGGGGCUCAAUAGGCUUCGGAGAAGAAAAUCUUCGCUCUCUGGCGGGUAAAAUAGGACAACAGGACGUCUUCGAUGUCCAAUGCGCGGCCGAAGUCACUGCUCAGAGAGAAGAAAUCGAUCCGACGAAGAUCGUCAUCUUCGGGGGAAGUCACGGCGGUUUCCUAGCCGCUCACGCCAUCGGCCAAUAUCCGGAGUUUUACAAGGCCGCCGCGAUGCGGAACCCGGUCAUAGAUCUGGCGAUGUGUAACCCAUCCGAUGUUCCCGAUUGGUUCUGGUACGAAUCUGGCUUAUCCGGAGACUUCGUCUUCGACAACGUCCCAGACGGAGACGACUUGAAAACAAUGUGGAUGAAGAGUCCCGCUAGACACAUGAACAAGAUAAUCGCACCCACCCUCGUCCUCCUCGGAAAAGCCGAUCGUCGCGUCGACAUGUGUCACGGCUUGAAGUUAUUCAAGCAUCUCAAGAGUCGCGGAAUAACGACGAGGUGCAACGUCUACGAUGAUAAUCACGACCUCGCCAAACCAGCCCACGACGCCGACUGUUUCGUCAACACUGUGCUUUGGUUCAAGAAGCAUAUUUCGUCGGCAUCAACGUCUUCAACAUGA